ACCUACCCAAACUGAACCAAUACGGAAACGGACCAGUGCGAUUCCCCCUCGUUUCUUCCGUUCUUCGCCGCGAGACCUUCGACCGCAACUCAACUCCGGCGAUCCCAAACAUGGCAGCAAAACCCUUGCGAGAACGGGCUAUGGAACAAGGUUCUGAUCAGAGUCUUUCAGAUGAGGACGAGCCUGAUCAGGUGACUUACGACCUCAAUUUCUCCGGAAGAAUCCAAUCCCUACUCUUCUGUGGUCGCAAGCUUCAAGAUACUGAUGAAGUAAAUGAGCAGAGAAUUUCCUCUAUGUUACCUGAGAAGGUGGAACUUUUGAUGUCUGAGAAUGGAAUUCACAGAACCAAUCAUGAAGACCAUGAGGUCACGCAGAAUCAGCUUAGAGAAGACCAUCAUGCAGUUUCUAGUAGUGAAUCUAUUUCUGAUGAGGAGAAUAUGGUCCUCACAGAGCUGUCAGAUGCCUGUCCUGCUCAUGUACAAGGAAGUCUUGUUGGUUCUGUAAGAAAAAAUCAAGAAGGAGAAUGCACAAGUUUGGAAGUAAUGGGGGAAAGCAAGGAGUUAUCUUCUUUGCACAAAAAAGCUUGCAGUUCCUCAUUCACCAGUCGCAUCUCAGAACCAAGAAAAGGUUAUAGAAGUGGCAAAAGCAAAUCCAAGGCCAAGUUUUCUAUUCGCUCAGAUUUGCAUUCCAGAAAACUACCCUCAUCUUGCUCCAUGGAAAAAAAUGAAAACCCUUUUAUGGCAACAUAUAAAAGCUUUGGAGAGCAUGGCAAUCUAGACUACAACACUUCUGAGAAUGUGAUGGUGCAUCUAAAGCAACACCAGAAAGUUGUGCCUGCCAAGUUAGCACCUGAUAAAAUAGUUGGUGCAUUGCCGUCAAUGGCUGAACUACUGGAAGAUUUGACAAAACAUGGGCAAGCUACAGAAGCUUUAGAUGUGAAAUCGCUGAAGAAUGCAAGAUCAAAAGAAAUAAAAACACCAUAUUCUGGGCGAACUGUUUCUCACUUGGGUUUGAGAUUUCUCGAUAAUGAAGAUCCCCUUGAGUUUAUGGGAUGUGGAACAUCUAGUGAGGAUGAGGAAUGGAUUCACAACCACUCAAGUUUUCCAAGGGAAAGUAUCAAACAACAUACUAUGGGAGAUUUAUUUCAGGAAACCUUCAAUGUAUCAGCUGAAGGUAGCUCUUCAUUGCCCAAGCACAGGAGUACAGGGUCUAGUUAUUAUGGGAGGGUGCAACAAGUUAUACAGAUUGAGAAAGAGAGACAUUUGGAAUUGUUAAAGCAGCCACAGACAGUACUAAGCGUGCGCAGUAAGAGACAUUCUACUCAGACUUCUUUUGACAAUUAUAUUAGCAAAUCCGAUGAACCAUAUGAGCUAAGCAUCAUGGUGCAGAUAAUAACAAGAUUUUUGGAGGCAAAACUGACAGUUUGCCAUUGCUUAUUUCUUGAAACUUUCGAGGGGCAAUGCGAGAAUGAUUCCAAUAAAUUUGCAGAACGGUUGGGAAAUCUGAGAACAAUUAUUUUCAGUUCAAAAUUUUGCAGCAAUGUGGAGCUUGAAGUAGGUAGUUAUAUUCGCAUACAUCCGCCAUGGAAAGAGGUUCUAGGUACCAAAGAUGAGAAGAUCAUAUUGUGCAGUUACUUCUCGCAGAUUUUGACAUGACUCUUUUAUGAAAACUGUGGCAUGGAUGAUGACCUCAGACUGCAAGAUUUCAUCAAAAUUCUAUAUAUUCCCUCUUUUAGACAUGCUAAAUUCCAAGCGGAAUCUCUCUUUUUCCCAUCA